AUGUGGAACGAGAAAGAUGAUGUUUUCAUGAACGAUGUACCAUACUUUUGUUAUAGACAUUUACUUGGAAGACUUGAAAUAACUACAAUAAUUCCUGCUUCAUCACCGAAAUUUCAAGAAAAUAUUACAACUCCAGAACCAGAGAAGCCAAUAGACCGAGUCUUAAAUAGUACGCAUAUUAACACAGCAAUGCAAAUGGCAAAUAAUAGUCAAUAUCAUAGAAGAAUGGUUUUUGGUAGAAGCAAUGGACACUGGGUAAUUAAUGGUGAAACUUGGGACACAUUCAAAAUUGCUGCUGAAAAUA